GUUGUCAAAAAGAAAUGUCACACUCACACAAAGUCAUCAGCUUCAUAUUUUUUUCAUUUAUAAAAGCUGUCGAUAUUUUACUUAACAUAGCUUAUAACAUAACGCAUUUGAUAUUACAUAUAUUAAUAAUUAUAAUAAAACCACGCACCGAUGUAAAUAUGAUAGAAACAUCAUCGAAGCGUAAACGAAUGAACAAGAAACGAACUAACCAAAGUGAUACUAUUUUUAAAAGAGGUGUUAUAGACGCAAACUGGCAGAAAUUACUCUCGAGUACACUUAUGGAUAAGAGUGAAGAAAAACCUCAAAAAGAAGAAACAAAAAAUAAUUACACAGGCACAUUCAGAAGGGCGCGAAAGAAAAAAAACAAAGACAGCAUAGAUAAUGUAAAAAAUUUACAAAUACUUAAUAUUAAUAAAGUGCCUGUAGUUAGUUCUGAAAAUUCCGACAGCAUAAACGAGAAAUCAAAAGCAAAGGACAAUAAUAAAAGAAAUAAAAUUACAAAAUUUUUAGCUAUGGAUUGCGAAAUGGUGGGAGUCGGUUACGAAGGCGGUGACCACAUGUUGGCGCGGGUUUCCAUCGUCAAUAAAUUCGGUGAUUGUAUUUACGAUAAAUUCGUAAAAGCGCGGGAAGAAGUAGUCGAUUACAGAACGAAUGUUAGCGGAAUAAGAAAGGAGGAUUUAUUGAACGGGGAUGACUUUGAAAUAGUUCAAAAGGAAGUUUCUGAGCUUAUUCGUGGAAAAAUUCUUGUUGGGCAUUCAUUGAAAAACGACUUGGGUGUUCUUUUCUUAUCUCAUCCUAAGCAUAACAUCAGGGACACUUCAAGAUAUAAGCCAUUUAGAAAGAUCACCAAAGGCAGUACUCCGUCCCUGAAGCGCUUAGCUAAAGAAAUACUAGGUAUUGAUAUACAGCACGGCGAACACAGUUCUGUGGAAGACGCUAAAGCUGUGAUGCAAUUGUACUGCACCGUCGCCAAGAACUGGGAACAGGCACUCGGUGAAAAACGUGGAUAUAGCAAGAAAUUUGUCGAAAGUUGAUUUUUAAUGUGAAGUUUUUUUUAAUUGAACUAUAACGCGUGCCAAUCGAGUAACUGUUAGGCUAACGUUACAUCGGUUAUGUGUUAAGUAAGGAUAGCAAAAACAUUUUAUGUUGAAUGAAAAAAAUUGUGUCGUUAGUAAUCAUUUUGUAAUGACAUUAAUUCAUAUAAAUUAAUGGUCUUGCUUAUGAAUUUUGCUUAUCAUGUAUUUAAUUAAACUGAUUUCUCUCUCUCUCAUCAUUGAUUUGACAUUUGAAAGAAGAAGACACAGCAUCGUUUAACUAAUCACCCGUUAAACAAACAAUGUUCAUAGCUAUAACUGUAAUGUUUAUUUAUAUGAAUAUUCAAAAUGAAACUGUGAAAUAUUCGCGGACAUUGGUAAAACGUGCGACAGAUAUAUGCACUAUUCCCAUAGUGCGAGUGAAAUAACACGAGGUUGGGCGCCAUUGUUAAAUCUUAUCUUGAUUGGCACGGAUUAUAGUUUAAUCAGUUUUUUUACUAAAGCUGCAAUAAAUAAUUUAUUGGUGUUAAAAACUGAACAUUUGCCGAAAUAUGACCGAAAAUUCGACCAGAAUUAAAGAUAUUCAAAUUGUCAA